AUGGCGGUGGCAGAUUUAACUCAAACUAUUCCGUACACCAAAAUUAAUGUUCACCCUUCAAAACUUUCAUACGUAUCGACACGUCUCUCCAAUCACCGGCGCAUCGCUCUCCGGCCUUUCCCUCAGACCCGAAAUGCGAGAAUAUGUUGCUCUGUCACGUCCAAUCAAGUUGAAGCACCAGUCGCUGUGCAAACCCAAGACCCAAAGAAGAAGCCCGAGUGCUUCGGCGUCUUCUGCCUUACUUAUGACCUGAAGGCUAAUUAUGAACGUUCAUUUUUGUCUGUGGCUAUAGGUGUUGUUGUAGCAAUAUUGGUAAAACACUGUUAUAGUGUCAUGGCUGUUGGGUUUGUUGAUUACUUG